AUGGAAUCCAAUGCCUCCAUUUGAUUGUGAAGUCGUGCAUUUCCCAAUUUGGUUAACCUCACUUUCGUUCCUUGAAUCUGCAUGUCUCUGAAUACGAUGUCUUUGUGACUUUUGACUUUUGUUUUGUUUCUCGACAUUAUCCUAUUCUCACUUAAUUAGAAGGAUGUGGUUCUGAACUAAUCUGGGCCGGAGGCAAACUCUCUCGCUCCCUACUGCUCGACUGGUCACAAGAAGAAAGUGCAAUUCUCUCUUGUUCAUUAACUGUCCACAAUAAACUUUUCUUCGCCUCUUCCCACAAAACCUGUCCCUCAAAAUCUUCGGGCUCUGUUUCCUCCAGAUGUGCACAUUCGGAUUAAGAAGGAUCUCCGGAUUCAAAUCAGUCAUUCAGUCUGCAUAUGAACAUGUUUAUUAACGUAAAUGACUUCAGAUUUCUGAAAAGGUAUUUACCAAGUCUUCUUGCAAAUGUGUAGAUGGCACUUGCUUCGAUGGGUACGCCCAAUGCAUAUGAUAGCAUGAGUCCUCUGGCCUCUUGCCAGGGGACUCGUUCUUAGUGAGGCCGUGGGACGGGAAGUUUACGUUAAGGGCCAAGUGAACAGCCUACAUCGAUACUGUUCGACCAUCGCUGUAUUUGCUUCGCUUUGGCAGUCUGCAAGGACGAUUAUCAGCAGCAGCAGAUGUCACAGCAGAGGAUCGUAAUUUGAUUAAUUGGUCUCUCUGUAGCUUGACUAGCUGAAUCACAUGUUUGUAGGCCAGGAGGGCCGUGAGUCCUGUCGGAUAGGCGAAGAGUAGGUCUGUGUCUCUUGCUGAUCGCAGUGGACCUAGUGAAUUUGCUUUCUCUCUUUUGCUCACUUUCAGGCUGAUUCGUCUACAGAGAUCAAUCAGUUUUACGGCAUAACCAAGUUCGCGACAUUUCAAUAGUAGUUCUCCACUUCGUAAUGUUUCUGAAGAAGCUUUCCCUGUUAUGCAAGUUGUGAUGCAAGUUGUUAAGAUUGAUGUAAAUUGCUUUCCCCUUUCUGUGCUGAUUGUAUCUGACAGUAGAGAUUGUCGAUAUUCUUUCAAGCUGCUGGGAAGUGAGCUUGGUUCUAGUCAUGCUUCAAUUUGGCUUCUCUGUCACCAGUUCCAGUCACAAAUCUCUGUUAGGUCUUACGAUGAAGAUAACAACAGGAGGACUUUUACUGAUUUGAUACUGAGUGAAGGCUGGACAGUGUCUUUUGAAGUUCAGUAUCAAGGUAGUGAUAGCCAUUUAGGUUCUUUAAAUUGCUUUCUUUCUUUCGAGAAACGACUGGGAACCCUUGACACAUUGCGGAGACACUUCAUUCACAUUAUAUCUCUCACAUAAAUUGAAUGUUCGGCAUCUCUCCCUGUGAUCUUCUUGGUCUGAGUCUCAUCGGAGGUUACCAUUACGACAGAGAAGAUUCUGGGGAAAAGUAAUGUCUUGACUUCUUGUCCUUCAGUGGUUGCUCCACUAGUGUCAAAUUUCUUGCGGCACUUUUCAAUCUGGCACCGUCUAUCUCUUUGUGGACCUCGAAAUCUUGAAACUAGGCUGUAGGUUGAUUUCAGCAGUUUCUGAGGUGCCUAUCUCUGACUAUCAUUGUCAUCUUAUUCUGUAGAUUGUUAUCGCCUCUCAUCAGAAUACACGCCUCCACAAGUGUUCAACUUAUUAUAUGCAUCGCUUCAGAUCUGAUAAGAGCAAUGUAGUCCCGAUUGGUAAAGGUUAAACACCCA